UAUAGGUGCACUGUUGACUUUGCAAGUGUCGUCGCUGAUCUGUGGUGAGGGGAAACCGUUUGGAUGUAUUUUGAGGUCCCUUAGGGGACUGCAAGGACUUGUGGGAAGAUGACCUGAUUUCUAAUUUUCUCCUCUCCUGCCUGUGCUGUGGGCUAGUCGCUGCUACAAACAGAGAAGCCCAUGAAAGAAGUGUGACAGCAUGAGCCGCCCCGGAUCUGUGCGGAAUAUGGCCUCGCUAUCUGCGUAAAACUGGAUUUUAUUUGGCGUUUUUCAUGGACGCAGGCGUCACUGUAUUUAUCCUUUAAUAGAUUCAGGUGAGCAGACAUGGCUAACCCGCAGCAGGAAUACCCGAGGGUCCUUCUGGGGAUCCUGGAGGAACUGGCCAACAUGCGCCAAUGGCUGAGCUUCCAAGACCUUUGUCGCAUGGUUAGCACCCGUUUUGACCUGGAGCACCUCAUUGAGCUCAGGAGUUUGCUGUUUGCAGCUGCCAGCCAGGACCCCUGUUUCCCAGCUACUCUCUUCAGAGACCGGGUGUCCGCCAGAGGCCAGGGGCUAUCACCCAUAGGAGUCGCUGCCGACAUUGUAACUAUCUUCAAUCUUAUUCAGAUGACGGGUGGGGCCCCUGAUGACAGCCAACCAAUGAGAGGCCAGGUGGUGCUCCCAGUCGACCAGUCCCCAGGCCCCAGUCUGCCUGGAAUAUACCAGCUAAACAUUCCUGGUCGAGAAAGAGCACGUGCCCACUCUGACUCCAGCGGCAGGCCUAUCGAUCAGCAUUUGCUUUUUCCGAGAUCUAAUUACUCUGCCCACAAGCGAGGAAGUCUUCCCCCUGAUCCUAUCUCACUUGUGUCAUCCCCUCCAAUCAGGGCGAGGGCUGUGUCUUUCGACUUGCCUCACACCACGCUUUUGUAUCCUAGUGGUCAAAUCCCUAACGAGGUAAUGAAAAACCUCUACCUGCCUUUGGAGACAGACAGUGAGUCCAGUGGAGAUUCUGCGCCCAUGGAGGUGUUUGAAGCUGAACAGGGACCGCCUGAUGUCGACCAGAAGAGAAACAUCUUUAGGAAGGACUUCCAUAACCAGCCACCUCUAAUACCCCAGGUAACCGUUAAUAGUGAGUCUCCCAGUCCCGGCCCAGGGCAGAAAGGCUUCGAUAAUCAAAGCUUUGAGACGAUCCAAAAUCCUUACCCGUCACCAACAGCAGUCCACCAAUCACCAGAGCAGCGGGCUAAACAUGAGAGCAUUGAUGACCUACAGGACUCAACUUACUUCGGACCCCGGCCAAUCCGAGAGUGGUCCCCCCGGCACCUUCAGCCUCCCAGGACCCAGAGGCCCAUGUGGGGCAAUAAAAGUCACAGUCUAGAGGACCGGAUAGGCCUGGACAGCAUUGGAAUGGGGAUGGAAUCACAAGGGGGGCAACUUCCAAGACGAUCGACCCCGGCUAUCAGCAAUUUAGGGGGGUCCUCAGGAGGUGAGAGUGGGGAUAGUGGACUGCCAUUUGGAGGCGACGGAGUCAAGGCUCAGGGAACUCAGACAGACCCACCGGACACCCGACGCCUCCGUAGCUUGGUCCACGCUGAUCGCCUCUCUUUCAUGACCUCAUUAGACGACCCUGAGUUUGGUGAGGAUGACAUCAGUGCCAUCUUUCGUUUCUUAGAUGACAUAAGCAUGUGUGGCUCCACGGGAGUCCUGCACCCUAGUGAUGGAACAGCGUCCAUUAAUCAGGACACCCCUGAAGCCAGACGAGGCCGCCUAGGUCAGCUCCAAAGGCUUUUCCACUCACUGGAAAGCAGUGAUGAUGGGCUCAAGGCCAGUGUCUGUAAGCUGCUGCUCCGUAUGAGCCAGAUAGAAAGACAACUGGAGUCACUGAAUGAUGUAAAAGCUGAGAUUUCCCAGGUACUGUCUGCACUGCAGCGGCUGGAUGAAAAGAUCCAGCAGCCUAUUGGGGGUGAUGCACAAGGCACUGGAGGGCGAUGGCUUGAGCCUCUCAGUGGUGUCUCCUCUUUUAUGAGCCACCCUAUAACCCCGUCUGAGUCAUCAGAGCCUCAGCCUCUGUCUGUGUCUGAGCAUCUGUUUCCAGGGACCAGCACUAGCAGUCUGGACUGGAGCCGGUGGAACCCUCACGGAGAGCAAACAGAAAGCAGCAAGGGUCAGGCUGAUUCAAAGGGGGGGAGAGAAGGGAAGAAGGAUGCAUCAUCUCGUCGUGCCUCCAAAACCCAGCCUGAAGAGAAAGGUGUCUCUGACUCCAAACAGCUGAAUGUCCCUAACUCUGCAAGAGACUGGGCAGUGUCAUUCUCGAAAAGUAAAGAUGGCAAAUCUUCCCAUGGACAGGCAGAUCAAUCAGGCAGCACAACUAACCUACUCUCCAAAAAGUCAUCUAACCUGGUGGAACAAGUAUUUAACUCGUCCCUGUUCCGCCACAAAGACAGCAGUCUGACCGGUGGGCUUACCUCCGGGAAGAUCCUGGACCCCAGAUUGUCUGAGGGGAGGGGAAGGCCCAUAUGGACUGUAGAUGACAGAGAAGCACGCAUCUCUCCUUUGGACCUACAGACCCAGGAGUCUUUAAACCCCAACAACAUGGAGUUCUGGAUGGAUGACAUCUACACUCCAGGCUACGAUGCGCUGCUCAGGCGUAAAGAGGCUGAUCUCCGCCGGGCCAAGGUCUGCAAGCUGCUUGCACUCAUUGCCACUGCAGUGGUGAUCAUUCUCAUCAUCGUCAUUCCCAUAUGUACCAUGGGGUCGUGAAGACUCUUACAGGAAGCCCACUUUGUUGCCUGUUUUCUUUUAUUUAUCUAUUUUCAGCAGCUAUGUGCUGCACAAAGGAACUUGCACGCCAUUCCCAUGGAGAUAAGUAGAUGAGAGACUGUGACGCUAGGACCAUAAAGCUGGAUUGCCAAACAGUUAACAUUCAGUAACUCCUUACACAUCUCUGCAUGCAGCACUGUUAUUCAUGACAUCGUCAAAACAGGAGGAUUCAAACUGGAGCUUACUUUGAACUCACUCCCUUAUGCAGUGACAACAAAUUGUAAGUAAUCUUGUUAAUCUUUCCUCCAAGGGCAUAGGGAGUCCUCCGCCAGAAAUUUUUGAGCAUAAACCACAUUAUUUCUUGCUUUUUGGUGAUUUUUUUUAUACACCAAUUUGUGCAUUUCCUCCCCAAUUUGUGGAGCAAAAUCUUUAAUUUUGUAAAGUAUGAUUACUCUGCUCCCUUUAUGUUUUUUUUUUUUUUUUCUAAAUAUAGAGCAGGAUGUGUCCCCUGCAUCUCCUUGAAACCUAUGCCUCUUUUUUCCUCCCAUUUACUGUCAUUUAUUUCAUGAUUUUUGGACCUAAUAAUUUCAGGUGACUGUAAAAGGAAGUAAAUAAGGAUGAAAGUUUUAAGUAGUUUUGAAAUAUCUCUGAGAGCAUAUGUCUUAACUAGUAAUACUGAGCCAAUCUCUCUUAUUUUGCCUGCUCUUUUCUGUGAAACAACACUGUUACAAAUGCAUUAUGUAUCAGCUUCUGCCUUGAGCACUGCCUGACUCGUUCUUGCUGUUUCCCUGAGAACACCACAGGGCUUAUUUCACUUCUGUGUAAGAUAAUAGUUUUAUCAGUACAUAAGAGUUUUACACCUACAGUUCAUUAUGGAUUCUGUCGACAGGAGCGUUUUUACUUUCUUUUAGUGUGUAUGUUCUUGUCCUUUCUUUAAGCAACAAGAUAUACUGCUCCAACAGACUUAAAUCAAUAAAAAUAAUAUUUUUAUAGAGAUCCCUCCCAUUUUUCAAACUGAAGUCUAUAAGCCUUUUAAUCCACUCAUGGAUGUGUUUGGGUUGGAGUGUUUACCAAGUGUCAGGUUUCAAAAAUCUUGUUGUUGUUGUUGAUGCAGUGAAGGAAGGAUGGAGCCUUUUCCCGUAAACACUUUCUGAGUGGGAGAUUCCACUUGUAAUUCAAUUGAUGGGAUAUUUGAAGUGCACCUAUGCACAUUAUCUUUUCACUAGACUCACUUGGCCAGAGCUUUUCCACAUACCUGCAGACUCACUUAGCACCAACAGUUUCAUCUGCAGUCCUUUUACGGAUGAUGAAAGUAGUCUUGCCAGUGGUGUGACAUUCCAUUUUGUAAGAACAUCCUGUUAACUCAGGAGACAUUAUAUUUAAAUCGACUUUUGGUGCCAGCCUGUAAAGUCUAUGUGGGGCUGACACAAAAACAUGCACUCUUUAAAAAUAUAAUGAAAUUCAACAUAAGCUGCAAUAUAACCUUCCUGUGUGAAGCUUGCAAUGUUUGAUUUAAGUUGAGACUGGUGUUGAUUGAACCUAUUACAACAACAUCAGUAACCAAGUAGUGAAAUUUAACUCUUGACACUAUCUCAAAACUUGCAUUUAUUGCAGGGCUAUUGCUCUGGAUUGAAUUAUAUUUUCUAGGUGUUCAUGUUUUUUUGUCCCCUCUCUACAUUGCUAUAAAUGGGUGGUUUUGUUUCUGUUCAACAAUGGAAAAGCACUUUUCUCCCUUUAAAUACCAAAGUGGCAGAAACUAUGCACAUCGUUGGGAAAAAAACACUAUCUCAAAAUGCUUGUUUUCUUUAUCUGUAUCCGGACCUUUAAACUUCACUUUACUUUGUGUGCACAAAUAUGCACAGGAUGUAUAGAGGGUGUGUUCUGCUCCAAAGCAUCCUCCUAAGUAGAUGUAUAUCUGCCAAGUGUUCCCCCCUGAGGCUGUUUGUGGAUCCAUUACCCUUCAAAUGGUGCCACUGACGAGGCCUAACCCUGUAGUCAGCACAAUCUGCAGGUGCUUCGUCUGAAACUCUGGUGCAUUACAGCCUCCUGACGCUCUUUUCACUCCUGAGAUGCGCUUAUGAAAUUUGGAACUUGUCGUAUUAUCCAUGCACCUUUUAGACAGACAGUUGAAAAAUCUGUGAAGUCAUUAUUCAGGUAAACACUUUGUCUUAAGAACUGCUUGUAAAUGAAAGAAAAUAUGUGCAGGUAUUACAGUUACUGGUGUGCAAUGCUUUAUAUUAUUGUGGGGGUUGACUUAUGUUUCCUGUCUGAAUAAACUCGGCAAAGUGGUAA